CCUCGCUCUAUUUUUAUUACCUGUGUUGAAGUUAACUCACUGGAUUGGUUCAUUUUUUCAUUUGGUUGUGGUUUUUCAUUCGAUUUUUUUUGUUAACAAAAGCCCGGGUUUUUCAGCAUUAGGUUAAAUCAAAUAUAGUCCAUAAUGUGUCUAUGGGUUAUAUACGUUUAGAAUGAUGGGGACAAACUUUAAUUAUAAUUCAUAGAACAUGAAACAUAGUUUAUUUUAUCUAUUCAUGAUGCAUAGAAGAUUCCAGGCAUGAAGUCAUGAUUCAUCGAGUCAAAACAGAAAAUAAUUAGAACUUUAAAGUGGUAGCUUAUUGACUAAUUGUUGAUUUCAGAUGGCUUCACAGAUCUGACUCCCACCAAACUAAGAGAUCUUAUUCAGACAUUUAAAAAUUGUUUUACAAAACCACAAAACAUUAGACACAGGUGGAGCGUGUACGCAAAAAGUAAAUACUAUAAAGUACAAACACUUAAAGAAUUUUGUUGUAUUUAUAAUAUUUUUAUCAUGGAUAUAAGUAGUUCUAAUGGUUUCACGAGAGAGCGCUACUCGUUUGAUCUGGUAAACUAUAUACACGCGCACUUUAUGACUGCAGUGAUGUUGAUAAACCACCCACCCGCAUCCUACGAUCCCCAUGCGUGGCGGCUAUCAACGUAGCGAAACCGCACCACCUACCCGCAUUCAUCUUGUUAUUAUACCAAUAUUGGAAGACAUUAAAAUUCAAAAAUAAAGCUAUGUAUAAUAAUAUUUAUAAUAUAGGGUAUUAAAUAAAAUAAUAACAUAAUUACUUAUUAAUUAGUUAUUAUAUUAUUUAUAUUAUCUAUAAAUCCCAAAGUAAAUAAGUCUGAAUACUGUAGCAUAACAUGUUGGAAAUCAUUUUUACUAAAAAUACACUGUCAAAAAUUUAGUGUUAUCCUUAUCACCUUAUCAAUACUUCCUUUUCCUAUUUCAGACUUUGUAUUAAUUUUGAUUAAUUUAUUUGUAUGUUUAACUAAUUGGCAAGUGUAAAUGUUAUGAUUUUAAUUUAAUUUUGUUAUUAAGAAUAGGUAUACAAUUUAUUUUCCCUUAGCACAUAUAUGUCAUUCUUGUUUCUUUUAUGUAUCUUACCAGAACAUUCAAUAAGUUAUGUCUCUUUGGUCGUUUAUAUCCAAAUGCUAAUUUUGCCUGUUGCCGUUCACCUACAAUCAUGCAGUAAGUCUUAAGUACAUUUUAAAACAACUAUCUACCAUCUCUAAUUGCUCAGAAAUAAAACAUUUUCAGGUUUCAAUUUUAAGAACUACAUGAAAAAUAUUAGACCUUUACAACAUAGAGGCGAUGGCAGUAAGUUAUACAAAUUAAUAAGAAAAUUAUUAUUGAUUUUAAAUUUUUAUAUUUAGACAAGGCUUUUUUCAAAUCACUCGAUUUUAGUCUGCUGUCAUACAAUAUUUUGGCUCAAGAAUUAUUAGAAAAAAAUGCAUUUUUAUAUGAUUGGUCGGAUUUAGAGGUGUUAAGCUGGGAAUAUCGAAGAAAAAUUUUGUUAGAUGAAAUAAAACAAUUUAAUGCAGAUGUAAGUAUUACAUAAGUUAAGUUUAAUCUUUAAUAAUUUUAAAUGUUUUCAUAAUCAUAAAAUCAUUUUGUAAUUUUCACUGGAGAUUUAUUCCCCCUAAUAUUUUCAUAUUUAGUUCAAUUAUAAACUUAUAAUUAAAAACUUACCAUUUGUUUUCAAUAAUGUAAACAUUUUUUUUUUUACAAAGUGUACUGUUCAAGCACCAAGUAAUACAUGGAACUGUAGAUUCUGGAAAUAUUUGUUUUAGGUAGUAAAUAUUUAGAUUAUUCAUGUUAAAUCUGAAAAGGUCAAAAUUUGUUUAAUAUUCAAAAAGUGUCAUUGAUAAUAUUUGUAUAACAAUAAUUUUAUUUAUAUAUAUAAGGUAUCUUAUAUCUUAAAUAAGUAUAUAUGUAUUUUUGUUUUUCAUAUAGAAACUCCUCAUUUUGAACACAGAUUCAAAUAGCAAAUAUUUUAUAAGUUAUAACCCUUUAAAUUUAAGACCAAAAAAGCAGAGAAGUGUGAUAAAUUGUACAUCUAUUUUUAAAUAAUAAAUUGAUAACUCUUCCCUACUCCUCUAUUGCAUACUUUAAAUGGUUAUAAGUCAUAAAUGGUAAAUCUAUUUUAAGAAUAAUGAAUAUCAAAAUUUCUAGAAAAAUAUUUUUAUUUGAAUCCUUGUUCAGAGAGAUAGUUCCUAUUUGAAAAACAAAAGUAUAUUUUUAAAAUUAAAAGUGGUUUUGUAAUAAAGCUUAAAUGAUUUCUCAAUGAUCCAAAAAAAACAAAAAUGAAAUUCACUUAAAUCCUCUAAUUAUAUUGCUGAUAAAAAAAAAUGUUGUUAUUUAUUUAAUUUUAAAUGAAAUAAUUUUAAUAAUGCCAUUAAUACUACAACUUUUAAAAGAAGAGCUACAUUCUAUCAAACAAUUUUUAUCUGAUAAAAUAGGAUUCCAUAAAAAAAAAUCAGUUUUAAUAGAGUUAUGUCUAAGCUACCUCUAAUGUACUUAUCUUCUUUCAUCAAUCGACUCAUCCACCUAAACAUUCUCAUCUCUGCUGCAUUCAUUCUCUGUUAUAUUUUUCUGUCUAUUGCCUAACACUCUGAACCAGAUAAUAUAGGCGGUACCACUUCACUUUUGUAAAACUGUUAUCCCUGCACACAUCCGAGAUAAGAUAAUCUGCCAGUUUCUUUUAAUACUCCUCAUACAGUUUGACAGAAUUUUACACCAGAUAUUGACUUGAUAUAAUCCAAUUUAUCCAAUCGUCUCUUACUGCUGGUAGAGGUACUGUUAGAGUAUUCAGAUUCCCUUCUACAGAGUUAUUAAUUACCUAUAAAAAAAAAAGUGUUUAAAAUACAUAUAAUGCAAACUAUAUUGUAUUUUUUUUUGAAAAUAAUUUGUAUAGUAUUGGUUAUGCCGAAAUUAAAUCAUUAACUAAUGUUUUCAAACACUUUUUAAUGCAACACUACAUUCUGAAAAUUUUUUAUUUUAUUCAUCCAUCUAUCCCCCCUUUAAAAUAUAAAUCUUAAUUUAAUUUUAAAUAAUAUUAUGAAUUAUGUAAUAUUAAGUGUUUAUAUUAUUAUAUAAUAUAUACCUUAUUAAAUUUGUGUACAAUAGGUUGAGCUAUGAUUAGUACCAGGUGUAGAAAUGUAAUGAUCUAUUUUUUUUUUGUAAAAAACUAAUCAGUAAAAAUAUCUGUACAACAAAUGUCCUGCUACUUUUUAGGUAACUAAUUUAACAACAGUGAUAGGCUCAUCUUGGGUGAGCCAUCCUUUAGUGGUUUAAUUUUGGAAAUCUUGCUUUGAGGUACACACAGACCUGUUUAUCCAGAGUUUAUCUGAUUCUGUAAGAGAGUUUAAAAGCAGACCUUAUCACUUCUCAGGUAAUGUAGGCAUACUACAUUAUUGUUUGUCUGUAUUCUUGUUAUUUUGGAAUACCACUAAUAGCUAAGUAAAUUCUUGGUAUCCUCACAGUUGUUAAGGUUUUUUGUAAUUAGUUGAAAAAUGUAAGCUUAUAUUUCAAUUUAUUUAACAUUUCUAUUUUUUACUCAUUAAGUAAUUAAUUAUUAUAUAAUAUUCAAAUUAUGUACAUUUUUGUUUUGUUUUAGAUAAUUUGUUUCCAGGAAGUUCAAGAAUCUCAUUUGAAUUGGUUUUUUAAAAAUUUAUCAGAAUUGGGUAAAUAAUUUAUUUAUGUUACUGCCUUAAUAUAUUUCAUAUGAAUUUUUUUUAAGGUUAUAGUGGUGUAUAUAAAAAAAGAACUCGUUUUCACUGUGAUGGUUGUGCCAUUUAUUAUAGAAAUGAAAAAUUCACACUUAUAGAAAAGGUCACUGUGGAAUAUAAUCAACCUGGAGUCAAUGUUUUGGAUCGUGACAAUGUUGGGAUUGUAUUGAGAUUAGCACCACGACAAAAUGAAGAAGCACAUUUAAUUAUUUCAACUACCCACAUUUUAUAUAACAAAAAAAGGCAUGAUGUGAAAUUAGCUCAAGUACAUUUACUACUGGCUGAAAUUGAACGUGUUGCUUAUAAGGGAUAUAAAAAGUAGUAUACAUUUCUUCAGAAUUUAUUUAUUCAUUUUUAAUGUUUUAUAUAAAAUCAAAUAAUGAACUCUUGUAUAAUUUUAGUGUUGGGAAACGUACAAUCUCUACAUACCACCCCAUAAUAUUAACUGGGGAUUUCAACUUGGAGCCUCACACUGCGGUUUAUGAUUUUUUAAUUAGAGGUUCAUUAUACUACAGUAAUUUACAAAGACCAACUUUAUGGAUACAAAAUGAUAACAGUGGAAGAGCUGACAUGGGAAAUGAACUUAUUCCAAAAAGUUUGUGUAUCACUGAAAAUAGUCAACAUGCAAAUGUUUUAGAGUUAAGGGAAGCACAUAACCAUAAUCGUCAAACAAAUGACUCUCUUUAUUUAAAGGUAAAUUAAAUAUAUUAUUGAAAAUAUACUGUUCAAAAUAUUCAAAAAAAAUAAAUACAAAUUAUUAUGUUUUAUUAUUGAGAGAGAAUUCUCCAACUUAUUAAUUACAACUUAUUUAAUAACUUACUAUUAAUUGUAUUUUCGUGAAUUCAUUCAAAAACAUUUUUGCAUAUUUAUAAUAAUAUACUAAUCAAAAAAAUGGUCGUAAAAUUAAUUUUGAAACUUGUAUUCAUUGUUAGUAAGUAUAAAUGUUAGUUUUGGAGUGUAAUGAAGGGUGUAAUGGCUUUACAAUGAUGUUUAUUUUUUAUACUGUGUAAAAAAUUUCUACCAGAAAUCUUACUCUGAUGUAUCAAAAGUAGUACAUUUUCUAAAAGAUAAUUUUAUCUAAUUGAUACUUAAGGGAGGACAUUUUUUGUUUUUCCAAGCGGUUUUUAUAAUAAUUAAGAAAAACAGGGAUAAACUGACAAAUUUUUAUUGAAUAACAAUUUCAUGAUUUUACAUUUUUGUAACUUAUGUUUUCUACUAAAAAUAUUGCUUUAAUUGAAAAUGACAAGAGACGUUUUUUGUUGUAUUUCUGAUCUAGUUGCACAUGAAGAAAAUCGUUUUAAAUUUUCCUAGUAAUUUUCAUAAAAAUUAGGUAAAAUAGUAAAAUAAAAACUGAAUAUUUUAGUGUUAGAAUUUCAUUUUUUUAAAUUUAUAUGCUUUAUGUUUUCUACCAAAACUAUUUGAUCCAAUAAAAAAAGACAAGAAAUCAUUAAUUUUUUUUAAACUCGGAAUGUAACGAGGCAUCUGUUGGUUUAACUAUGAUGUAUAUUUUUUUUGUCUGUGAACAACUUUUCUCCUAGAAAUCUUCCUCUGAUGUAUAGAGUAUAGCAGCUUUCCUGAAGGUUAAUUUUCUCUAAUUGGAGCAUGGGAAAGUUAUUAUUUGUUUUUCCAAUGGGUUUUCAAAAUAAUUAGGAAAACUGUAAAGAAAAUUAUUGGUAAAACAGCAAAUAUUUAUAGCGCGAUGAAGCAUUUCAUUGUUUUAAUUUUUGUAAACUACGUUUUCUAUCAGAAAUAUUGUUCCAAUUAAAAACUGACAAGUAAUAAAUUUUGUUGCACUUAAUAUCUAACCACUGACAGGACAGAGAAAGUCAUUUUUUGAUGCCUAAAGUAGUUUUCAUAAUAAUUAAGAAAAGCCAAAAAGACCAAAAAUAAGAUUUUUUCAAAUUAUGGCACAAUGAUUUUGAUAUUUAAAAUUUUUAAGAUUUUAUUUUUGUACCAUAAAUCUUAUUAUUCCUAAUAAUUAUAAAAAAUUUAGAAAAUACUAUAAACUGGACAACACUUAGGUUAUUGUUGUUAUCUGAUUAUUGUAGAGACCUAUAAUUUUUACAAAAUACUUAUAUUAGCCUUUUGUUGACAUAAAUUGUUCAAAUUAAUAUAACAAUUUUUAGAUAUUUAUAUUUAAUAUUCUCAUGUUUUUAUGCAUAUUUUUAUUUAGUAGGUUAGGUAUCUGUUAUUAAAAUUAUAAGACUUAAAAAAAAUACUUGAAAAUUUGACAAAAGGUACAUUAUAAGUUUUUUUUAAUAGUCUAAAAAGCAAAUUUGAGUUUGAUGGAAUAUUUCUUUUUUAAUUAAGUGUUUUAAGACCAAAUUUUAAUACAAAUUCUAAAAAUUACGACAUUUCAAAAUAUAUUUUACCAAACUUCAUUCUGAAUCAUUUUUCGUUAGCAAUGAUUUAUUUUUUCCAACAGAUAUAAUUUAAAUAAUUGUAAACAUCCUACAUUCUCAACUUAAAACAGUGGCUGUAUUUAUCUACAGUAUUACUCUUUUGCCUUAUUUUCUUUUUAUAAUGUAUUUGAAUGAUUUGUAAAUAAUUAAUAAAUAAAUUAAUGCCAAAUAGAUUUAAAAACAAGUAGUUUACAUCAAAAGGUAAUUUAUGUUAAAUAUGCAGGUUCUUAAAUAUAUAUUUAUGAAAAAAAAAAUUUUUUUUUUAGAACUGUUAACGCCUCUUAAAAAAUAGUUUUUUUUUUAAAUUUCAGCUACAUCAUAGUGAGAGAAAAACAGAACAACUAUCAACUUCACCACCACCAGAAUUUAGGUUGUUAUGUUACUUGUUUUAUUAGCUAAGAUAUAUAUAUUAAAUUUAAUAUUUUAUUUUUUAGAUCUGGGACUGGUAGUUUGUAUCAUAACCUUAAGUUUUCAACAGUGUACAAUGAUUCCAGCUGUUCUACUUAUCAUAAUCGUUGGACUAUUGUAGAUUACAUAUUUUACACGUAAUAUGUUUCUUUAUUAAUAAAUACUAUUUAUAAACUAUGAACUAUAAAAUUAGUUAUUUUAAUAAUUAUUAUUAUUUAUUCGUGAUUGUAGGAAUGACAGCUUAACAUUGAAAACCUACAUGAAGCUUCCAAAUGCCAAUGAAUGUCAACCAAUAUUAGCUAUGCCUAAUAGAAUAUCUCCAUCAGAUCAUUUACCAUUGUUUGCUAUUUUCAGUUAUCCAAUUAAAUAAUACAAUAUGCUGGUGAAUUAUUUUUGCUUAUUUUUCAUUUAUGAGAUUUCUACCUUGUAAGUACUAGGUAAUAAAUAUAAUAUGUUUAUGAAUACAAAUUUUUUAAAUUCCUUUAGUUUUUAUGUAAUUACUAUAACUGUUCCUUAUUACACUUUGACAUAAAUAUACAUACAAUUAAAAUAUGUUUCUCGACCAAGUUCUUGGAAUAUA